GCAUCAGCAAGCAAGAGUGGUUGGAGUGUUAAUCAGUACUAAUCCCGUUAUCAGAGCAGAAAAAUAUCAAACCUGACUAGGAGUCAACAUAAGGGAUGAACAAACCCAGUUUUUCUUGGGGGACUCAUAAGAUAGUAGAGUUUGGCUGAGGCUAAAACUGCAGCAGGAGAUGAAGCAGUGAGCUUUUGACAAAGAGCCCAUCCAGGGAAAUUGUUCCAAAUCCCAAUGAAUUUCUCAAGUCAAACACAACACCUUGACCACAAACGCCUUCCCCUCAAUUUAAUGUCACUGCAGAGGGGUUGUACUGGGGAGCAACUCUUUUUAAGAGGGGAGAAUGUUCCAGUAGCCUGGAACUGUAGCUCUUACAAGAAACUUGUUUCAGGGCAGUGUUCUGUGACCAACCAGGUCAAUACUAUGCUUAUAAAUCCAGCAGGUGGUAGUUUUUGGUCAUCCUGAUCCUUUGGGUAGUCUGAAUUGCCCUAUGAGCAGUUCCACUGCUCUCUAGUUCUGAUCACAGGUGCUUUUGGGGUGUCUGUGAUGAGGGUACAUCAUUAAUUGGUUAAGUGAUGCUGAAAUCCUCACAUUCUCUGCCAAAACUACCUCUCAGUGUAGAAAACUCUGAAUGCAGCCAAUGCAGGGUGGAGACUGAUAUUUGGCCUUGCAGGAAAACAAGGAGAGAGUGCUGAGAAAGCUUUGGUUUCGAAAGCCCUGCAGAUUUUAGGGAAGCUCUGAGCACCAGGAGGGCUCCUCAAAGCUCAGCUUUGUUUCUGCACCCUGCCAGGAAAGUAUUCUGAAACUUUGCAAAGCAAAGCUCCACAAGUUAUCUUCUAAAAAUCUCUAUUUCCACUGCAGCCAGAUGCUAUUUUCUCUGCUGUGAAGUGAGAAAGAAAAUCUGAGAUCCUGUGUCCUAUCCAGCCACUGAGGUCUUCUGGCUCUUUAGGCAAACUGUCUGGAGUUUCACGUGUGGGUUUAGGCAAAAGUUUUUGCAGUUUGAGACUGUUGGAGUACAAAUCCAACAUGCUUAAAGAUAAAGCACUGCACAGCUAAACAAACAAAAUCUAGCCAUAAUGUCAAGACAGAUUCCAGAUUUACUGAUCAAAAAUUAAGUUUAGGGUUUUUUUUAAACCUCAUGAAAGAAUAUUGUAUGAAAUCCACUGAGGUUCAAAGCUGAAAUUGAAAUUAUAAAUUCGAUAAAAUGAUAAAACCGAUGAAGUGAUAAAACUGAUUAAUUGAUAAAACCGAUGGCCCUCACAGUGCCCCACACUGAAGUUCAGAAUAUUUCAACGUUAAAUUUUGCAUUUAAGUUAAUGCCACCCCACAAUUAUAUCUCAAUAUUUAAAGAAAAAAAAACCUCCAUGGCCGAUUAGCUUCCAGUAAACCAAACCCUUUAAAAUCAUUGCUGCUCAGCAUCACAAGCGCAGCACUAAACCCAGCUGCCCAAACACCUCUACUUCAAAAGUUGUGCAAAUUACCAACAAAAUAAUCACCCCCCGCUCGUGUGAGCCGAUCCCCAGCACCAGCAGCUCUCCAAAUUUCCACUGAUCCCCUAGAAACGCAGGCAGGUGCAGGGAGUUGCUGUCCCUGCUGGCCCUGAAGCUGUGGGGCUGUGGGGCCGCGGCUCCUGGCGCCGGUCGUGUCGCAGUCUCUAAUCUCUGCUGUUGCAUGUCCUGGGCAGGCAAGCGUGGGCGACGCAGCAGUGCAGGAUCGCUAGACAGCAAUAUGGAAGGGUCCAUCAUUAGCAGUCCUCACAUGCGCCGAAGAGCUACAUCAACCCGAGAGUGUCCAUCUCGCCCUCACCAGACUAUGCCCAACUCCUCCUCACUCCUAGGGUCCCUGUUCGGUAGCAAGAGGGGCAAGCCCCCCUCGCAGAGCCACGCGGCCGCGCAGACCCCGCACCACGCGGAGGGCGCGGCCGCCGCGCCGCACCCGCACCACGCGCAGUUCUGCCACCAGAACCCGCCGCCCUACCACCACCACUACCACUACCACCCGCCCCCGCACCCGCCCCCGCCCCCGCACCCGCACCAGUACCACCAGCACGGGCACGGCCACGGGCACGGCCCCUACCUGCCGCACGCCCCGCACCACGGCCCGCACCACGGCCCGCACCACCACGGGCCGCCCCCGCCGCCCGCCGCCGCCAGCACCAAGCCCAAACACAGCGGCAUCAGCACCAUAGUCUAG